UGGUUGAUUCAAGCUAUGCAUCACAUUGACUUUUACUUAGGUUGGGUAGGUCGCCAAUAAAACACUAGCGGAAUUAUAUUUGCUUUGUGAUAAUUGCACCACUUUCACCGACUCUGGAAUAACGCCGAAUCGUGAGGUAUCUCGUGCAUUGUGCAACAGUUUCAACCUGUUAGCCUUGUGACCCACAGUCACAAUCACCAUCUUCUUCCACGAUGAAGGCACUUGUGGUGGUUGUAAUUUUCUCUUGUCUGGUCGCCGGGGCAGCCCGAGCUGAGGAGUCCACCGAAUGGCAGGUCGAAUGGACCACGGAACCAGCGUACAACCUCAGCCUCGUCGAACCGUUCACCGUCCCCGGAUAUCUUCUACCAGACCUUAACAUAAGUGACAUCAUAUCUACAGUAGGCAUGAUGUACCAAGCUGAAGAUCUCGUCCAUGCGAUCGGUUCCCUGUGCGUUGAGAUAGGGCCAAAGCUUAGCUGGCUUUCCGAUGGAGCAAUGCAAGAGCUUUGUGAUCCUGUCCUUGAGGCUCUCCGGAAUGGAUCCUAUGCUGAAGCCUACUCUAUUUGUCAGAAUUCUUGGUCCUUUCUUGAAACACUCAUUGGAGGUGAAGAAGGUGGACUUGAAGGUGAAGGUGAGAUUGACCACGGUCCAAUAAGACGAAAGCGUUGGGGAUUGUCAGUUCCCUCGAUUGAACUUCCGCCUCUCCCAUCGUCUCCCAUACAAGCUGUUCUGAACAUAACUGUCCCGUUUUCACCACUCGAAGAUUUGGAUUUUAACUGGACCAACCCUUUAUUCGAUGAUACUGCGAACAUGGUCGAGAAUAUUGGACUCAUCCCAGACUUGAAUAGAAAUUGGUCGUUUCCAAUAUUCGACGGUACAGGUAUUGAAGUUGAUUUCCCAUAUCCCGAAUUUUCCGACAAGUAUGGGAUAUGUUCAAGUCUGGCGGGGCUCAUUUCAUACAACCAGCCAUCAUCUCCCAGUCAUGGCAGUAUCUUUGGAGUGGUUCUAAACGUCAUUGUUGCCGAACAGGUUAGAUCAAUCCCUGGUAAAUGUCUGUCUUUCUUUGACGGUGAAGAGGGUAGUGGUGACAUUGACGACGAUCCGUCCUUCAAACACGAACCUGGUGCAAUGAUAUGGGCAUUCGCAACGCUUGGUGGCUUCGAUGAUAUUGAGCAGAUCUGCAAUGUUUCUAGUUGGGCGCUUCUUAUGAGAGAUGAGGGGAAGUUUGAACUGUUCAAUGAACUCGUAAACCAAAUAACUACAAGCAUUUACAGUGUCAUUAGCAGCAGAAGCCGGUGUAUUGAAUUUGCAGAUAGCCUCCAUGCUAAUAUUGGCCUAGCACCAGGAAACUACUCUCAUUUCACCAGUAGUGAAGCGCUUUGUGAUGAAAUACUGGAUUCUCUCUAUUGGAGAGGCAAUAUGAGCGAGAUCGAUUUUUACAAUUAUGAUAGUAUGGAUGAAAAAGAUGCUUUCAUUUAUCUGCUCUCUAUUGUAGAAAUACUUUCCCAUAAAUCGGACAUGGCAUCCCUUGAAUUUCUCUGCCGAAUGUCUCCGUAUGCUGAUGAAAUGUUCUGUACUUCCUUGGCAUACAAUGACUACAGGGAUGUUUCAAGGGAAGACAUUAUUGAGCAUUGUCUGAGAUACGUGGCAUUUGAUGGCUUUGAAUUUGAUUUCCUAGCCCUUCUCAACGCAAUUGGCGCCGAAUUCGAGUUCGACUUUUACGACUUCGAUCAAACUUGCUCACACCUCACUGAUAUCGUCUUUAAUAGCGUAAUCAGACAACAAUUUACAAUCGACAACAUGAUCCAGAAGGGGAUGAAAGCUAUUGGUAGGGUCCUAUCACCAAUCUUCUGUGAUUUGCACUCAUUCCGAAACGGUUCGCUUGAUUCCUUGGAAGCCCCAUGCGGAACUCCGGGACGAGGUUGCUUCAACUGGACAAGACCAGGCGAGGACUACUUCUUUGAUCGUUUGGAUGAAGGCUUUAUUGUCGGGACCAUCUUCAGCUAUCUCGGAGGCUACAGGGAUGGAGAUCACAUCUGCCACCAGAUGGCCUUUGCACUGGAUGAUGAGACAGUACUCGAUAUGGUGGCUGGUAAAUUGCGGGACAGUGUCUACAGACUGUUCGAUGAUGUACCAUUCUGUUCUGACACAAUCGGCCUCAUCGAAAAACUCAUAGGUGUCGACGAACAUGCUGCUCAGAUGAUCGGCUUCAAUAGUACGGAUGCCUUCUGCGGGGAAAUAUCCAAAAUCUACCAUCAGGGCGGCAACUAUAACUUUAGUUUUGUACCUCUCUUAGACCUCUUUACAAACCAUAGUCACGGACUGGAACACUUUGUUACGUCUGAGUCUAUAAUGCACGUCACGACUGAGAUGAUGAAAUUCGCUGCCAUGAUAAUGCACUCGGACAACAUUGGAGAUGCCAUUUCCAAAUCGUGUUACAUGUGGCAGGACUCUGGUCCAGGGAUUACUAUGCCUUUAUUUGAGGUUGAUGAUUUAUGUCAAGUUGUCUUGGCCCUUAAUCCUGCAGAACUCCAAGAUGUCUGCAUCCAUGACAUAAUUCCGUGGAUUGAGGACCUUUUUGAUCACCAUCAUGAUGAUGAAGAAAGGGGAGAAGAAAACGAAAUUGACUUUGAUUUCACAGGGAUUUUGGAAACGGUAGGCGAAGAAUUCGGAUUCGACUUUCACGAUUCUCACCAAAGUUGCUCUCAUCUUACUGGUAUUCUCUUUGAUGAUACCGUCAGCCAAAACUUUCCAAUCGACAGCGUUGUGGUAAGGGGAAUAAGAGCUGUUGGUAAGAUAGUAUCACCCAUAUUCUGUGAUUUUGAAUCAUUCUAUGACCUCCCAGCGAGUCACUUGGAAGCUCCGUGCGCAACUCCUGGACAAAAUUGCUUUGAUUGGUCAAGCCGAGGAGAAGACUUCUUCUAUGAGCGAGAAGAUAUUGGCUUUGUCAUUGGUACAAUUUUCAGUUAUAUUGGAGGCUACAGAGAUGGGGACCACCUUUGUCACCAAAUGGCCUUUGCACUGGAGGAUGAUGCACAACUUGACAUGGUCGCAAAUAAAAUGAAGGAUAGUAUCUUUCGAUUCUUCAACGACCCGUCAUUCUGUCCUGUGACGAUGGACCUUAUCAACAGGCUCAUCGGAUUUGACGAGGAUGCUGCAAGUUUACUCGGCUUUGAGAAUGCGGAUGCCUUCUGCGGGAAGGUCAAUCAAAUAUACAAUGAAGAUGGCGAUUAUAACGUCAGUUUGGAGCCUCUCUAUGUUUUGUUUGCCAAUGUUGAAGAAGAAGGAGAAUUUGACCCUGCAGCCAUUAUAAAUGCCACAACCGAGAUGAUUAAAUUCGCCGCCAUGAUCAUGCGUUCAGACCACAUUGGGGAUGCCAUUUCUAAAACAUGCUACGUGUGGCAGGAAUCUGCUGCAAUGUUAAAUAUUUCAGAGGUUGACGAUUUAUGUAAAACAGUAUUGGCCUUUAAUUCUGCAGAACUCCAAGAUGUCUGCAUCCACGAACUAUUUCCGUGGAUUGAGGAUGUUUUUGACCACCAUGAGGAUGAUGAAAUGAGGGAAGAAGAAAACGAAAUUGACUUUGAUUUCACAGGGAUUCUCGAAACGGUAGGCGAGGAAUUCGGAUUCGACUUUCACGAUUCUCACCAAAGUUGCUCUCAUCUUACUGGUAUUCUCUUUGAUGAUACCGUCAGCCAAAACUUUCCAAUCGACAGCGUUGUGGUAAGGGGAAUAAGAGCUGUUGGUAAGAUAGUAUCACCCAUAUUCUGUGAUUUUGAAUCAUUUCAUGACCACCCAGAUACUGUCUUGGAAGCUCCGUGUGCAACUCCUGGACAAAACUGCUUUGAUUGGUCAAGCCGAGGAGAAGACUUCUUCUAUGAGCGAGAAGACAUUGGCUUUGUCAUUGGUACAAUUUUCAGUUAUAUCGGAGGCUACAGAGAUGGGGACCACCUUUGUCACCAAAUGGCCUUUGCACUGGAUGAUGAUGAACAACUUGACAUGGUAGCAAAUAAAAUGAAGGAUAGUAUCUUCCGAUUCUUCAACGACCCAUCAUUCUGUCCUGCGACGAUGGACAUUAUCAACAAGCUCAUCGGAUUUGACGAGGAUGCUGCAAGUUUACUCGGCUUUGAGAAUGCGGAUGCCUUCUGCGGGAAGGUCAAUCAAAUAUACAAUGAAGAUGGCGAUUAUAACGUCAGUUUGGAACCUCUCUAUGUUUUGUUUGCCGAUGUUGAAGAAGAAGGAAACUUUGACCCUGCAGCCAUCAUGAAUGCCACAACCGAGAUGAUUAAAUUCGCCGCCAUGAUCAUGCGUUCAGACCACAUUGGAGAUGCCAUUUCUAAAACAUGCUACGUGUGGCAGGAAUCUGCUGCAAUGUUAAAUAUUUCAGAGGUUGACGAUUUAUGUCAAACAGUAUUGGCCUUUAAUUCUGCAGAACUCCAAGAUGUCUGCAUCCACGAACUAUUUCCCUGGAUUGAGGACGUUUUUGACCACCAUGAUGAUGAUGAAAUGAGGGAAGAAGAAAACGAAAUUGACUUUGAUUUCACAGGGAUUCUCGAAACGGUAGGCGAGGAAUUCGGAUUCGACUUACACGAUUCUCACCAAAGUUGCUCUCAUCUUACUGGUAUUCUCUUUGAUGAUACCGUCAGCCAAAACUUUCCAAUCGACAGCGUUGUAGUAAGGGGAAUAAGAGCUGUUGGUAAGAUAGUAUCACCCAUAUUCUGUGAUUUUGAAUCAUUUCAUGACCACCCAGAUACUGUCUUGGAAGCUCCGUGUGCAACUCCUGGACAAAACUGCUUUGAUUGGUCAAGCCGAGGAGAAGACUUCUUCUAUGAGCGGGAAGACAUUGGCUUUGUCAUUGGUACAAUUUUCAGUUAUAUUGGGGGCUACAGAGAUGGGGACCACCUUUGUCACCAAAUGGCCUUUGCACUGGAGGAUGAUGCACAACUUGACAUGGUCGCAAAUAAAAUGAAGGAUAGUAUCUUUCGAUUCUUCAACGACCCGUCAUUCUGUCCUGUGACGAUGGACAUUAUUAACAGGCUCAUCGGAUUUGACGAGGAUGCUGCAAGUUUACUCGGCUUUGAGAAUGCGGAUGCCUUCUGCGGAAAGGUCAAUCAAAUAUACAAUGAAGAUGGCGAUUAUAACGUCAGUUUUGAGCCUCUCUAUGUUUUGUUUGCCAAUGUUGAAGAAGAAGGAGAAUUUGACCCUGCAGCCAUUAUAAAUGCCACAACCGAGAUGAUUAAAUUCGCCGCCAUGAUCAUGCGUUCAGACCACAUUGGAGAUGCCAUUUCUAAAACAUGCUACGUGUGGCAGGAAUCUGCUGCAAUGUUAAAUAUUUCAGAGAUUGAUGAUUUAUGUCAAUUGGUUCUUGAGGACAAUUCCGAUGCUGUUUACCAAGUCUGCAUGGGUGAACUUUUCCCACUUAUUGAGUCAAUUCUAGAAGACGAGAUGUAUGAUUUCAAUGAUAAUCAUACAAACACCGUUGUAGAUUUAUCGAACAUUGAGAUCUGUCUCGAUAAUGGCGAGGUGACUUUUGAGGCACUUGAAAAUUUAGAUAUAUUGGCAUAUCUACUACAAACCACACACAAGCUCUAUAAUUUAACCGUGUUCGACGAGAGCAACAUUUGUAGAGCAGUGACCAGCGUAGUAGAAUCUAGAAAUGACAUUCCGACACUGAUAUCUGAAUUUGCUGUGGAAAUGAUGUCCCUCUUCAUGCCGCUUGGUGCAGAAAUAUGCUCUUGUUGGGAUCAAGUUUUUGAUGAUCUCUUCUCGGACUCCGACGACUCGGAAUUUGGCGUAAACCAAUUCAAUGAGAUAGUCCGGAUUGCUGUGAACAGUAUUGGAUUAGACAGUCGUCAUGAACUCUGUGACCAUCUCAUUCAUCUAAAGCCGGACAACAUGUCUGAUUACGCACAAACGGUGAUUGAGGAAAUCCUUGGUUUUACGGCUGAUCCUGAGAAGUGUGCCUGUACCGCCAAUCGUGUCAUCGAUUUCAUCCUUCCCUUGGUUAAUGUUUCAAUGGAGGAAAUCAAUAACUACCUUUACCAGUACCUGGGAUACCAUUCUGUGGAUCACGUGUGUAGUUUCGUGGCCCAAUCCUUCUCGGGAGUAAUAGUCGACCCUUCAAGCAUAAACUGUAACAGCCAACAAGAACCAACAACCAAAGCUACGACCACAACUCAAUCAUCAUUAGACAAUAAUGGAAACUCAACUCAAUCAUCAAUAGACAAUACUGGAAACUCAACUCAAUCACCAAUAGACAAUACUGGAGACUCGAAUGAAACUUCGACUGACGACGAAACCUGUCUCUUCAUCACUGACUGCGCCGGUGUAUGCAACGGUAACGCUAGUUUGGAUUGCGCCCGAGAAUGCGGCGGCAGCGCGGCACUCGACUGCGCCUUCAAGUGCGGUGGCUCUGCGACCACGAACGAAUGUGGAUGGUGCGUCGGUGGAGCUACGGAAAGACCAAGCACUUUAGGUUUCGACCAGUGUGGUUCCUGCAUUGGGGAAGGCACUGCGGUCAUCGACUGCAAUGGUGACUGUGACGGUACUGCUUACCGCGAUGCCUGUCAAGUCUGCGUAGGUGGCAAUACGAGUGUGGCUGAGGAUGUAAGCGAUCGUUUCUUGGACUGCCUAGGUAUCUGUAAUGGUAGUUUUGUGACCAAUGAUUGUGAUGAAUGCGUGCUGCCAUUCAGCGAUGGGACUAUUUUCUCCACGGCGGAUUGUAACGGUGACUGCAAUGGAUUUGCCGACAUAAAUGAGUGUAGUUACUGUGUUGGGGGUAAUACCGGUAACUCUGUGGAUACUGGAUUGUCUGCAUGUGGAGUCUGCAAUACUACGAUCGAACCAGACUUCUGCCUCGGCUGUGAUGGCGUCGCUGAUAGUGGCCUAGUGACCGAUGCGUGUGAUGUAUGCGAUGGGGAUGGUAGCACUUGUUUCACCGUGGACAAUAUAGCUCCCUCUAUCAUCCCAGCUAACACCGACUAUCAGGUUAAACUUCGUGGUGCCGGAUUCCAAGAUGCGACUACCAAACAGUGUAAGUUCCUGGAUAGCAGCGGUGAGCAGGUCAGCGUGGUCGAUAUCAGCGAUGAGGUGGAUGACGAGUUCAACUGCACCGCUAAUCUUCCUCAAGGAACGUAUUCUGUUUACCUUUCGACGGAGUCAACGGAACUAUCAGAAGCAUUCGUCACCCUCUAUGUCUAUUCAGAAGUUAUAAUAAACAGCUUAUCCCAGAGCGAGUUUGAUAUAGAUGAUAGUGUGAUUUCCAUCUCUGUCAACAUGGUAUCAACAAGCGGAGCCUUUACGGCAUACAAGGACUUGACCACUCCAAAAGCUAUCGUCUUCACAGAGACCGAGAGACUUUACUACGAAGGAACUUUUGGAGGAGACAACGACGAGCUUCUCGAGUUUACGGGUCCGAUGCUGACUACCUCGGCUCAAGUUGUCGUUUACCCGUCCUUCAACGGAAUCGACUACCUGGUCACCCCCGAUGAUGCUGGUUUCACGAUCACCUACUACGCCCCUGCACCGGUCGCUCAGAGUCUUAAAUUCUCCCCUACUGGACAUCUUCUGGAACUCGAGUUCGACGUCGCAAUCAACGAAGACUCGGUGACAUCAUGUGAUGCAGUAUUCAUGAAUAUCACCAGCCUGGGUGGUGCUGCUGCCCAGUGCUUUGCAUUCCCUUACCUAAAAACUAUCUAUAUACUACCCUUCAGUUCGGCCAGUGUAAAUCUUAUUGGACCAGAUGAUGAGCUAGUGCUGCGCGCUGACGUUCUGAAAAAACGUGAUGAGGAAUACGCUCGGUACGCCAGCGGUACUCUUACCGCAUCCUCCCCCGACGAGGCGGUAACCGUCUACGCGGCUCUGACCGGUACAGAAGCAAUUAGCAGCUGCGGUAAUGUACGACUUAGUGCUCUGCAAUCCUUUGGAAACGCAGGACGUUUUUUCACCUAUCAGUGGUCUGUGACCAGUGGCGGUUCGAUCCCAUCUGGCUUGACGGAUGAUCUAACAGCCGCAGCGGAGUCCGCCUAUGUCACUCUCGAUGGAUCCUACCUCGACGCGGACGUGCCGUAUACAUUCAGCAUGACAGCAGAGAACUUCCUCGGAGGCAGUGACACAAAGACCUUGGAGGUGACUCGGUCUGCUCUCAACAAACCAGACGUCGUGAUCUACCCGGAAAGAGUUGAUCCUAAUAGUGCCCUUAUCUCGCAAGCGUUCUACCUCCGCGCUGCUGUACGAUUCUACGAGGCCUGCGGUGGAGCUGAGCAGAUGGAGUAUGCCUGGUCUGUAGAUGAUGAUAGUAUUGCUCUUAACCUACAAACCAUAAACAAACCACUCCUGUAUGUGGCAGCUGGUUCUUUACCAGGCGACUCCCAAGUGACCUUCACACUGGAGGUCAACCGGGAAAGUGAUCCCAGCACGGUGACCACGCAGACCGUGACCAUUACCACGGUCUACACCGACCUCGACGCCCUAAUCGAUGGCGGGAGUGAGCGGACCAUCGGCGUCGACAGUGAGUCGUUCACACUGGAUGGAUCGUCGUCGUUUGAUCCCGACAGUGAAAAUGAAGAGAUGACCUACCUCUGGACUUGUCAGAAGUCGAACACUGAGACAGGCAGCUACGAGCCUUGUGUAUCAAGCGAGACACGUGAGGUGUUCCCGGCGGAAGCUGACUCCAAAACAAGUACUCUCACGUUAGCUUCCAACAAUCUUUACUCGGACUCCACCUAUCUGUUCACUCUGGAGAUCAACAAACUGUCAAGGACAGCAUCGACCAGUGUCACCAUCCUUUCCAAGUCUGGCAAUCCUCCAACGAUCAGUCUCGAUGAAUCCCUUCCUGAGAAGAUAAAGAGCAGUAGUUCUCAUACGCUACGAGUAUUGAUCAGCCAUACAUCAGAUAUUACCAUUGACUGGGCUACUGUCGACAUAGAUCUUGGAUAUGGAUACGUUGACUUUUCACAGCUGAAUAGUCAGUCAUUCCUUAUACAAGGAGAUACAUCACCCUUCAUCACAUACGCCUUUGUAACUAUCCCCACAGGAACUUUGGAAGAGGAUGUUGCCUACUCUUUCUCAGUGACGGUAACUGAUACCGAAGGACAGGUGUCAGCUAGUAAAUUGACUACCAACACGUAUGGAGGAGUAUCAUCCUGUACAUUCAGUUUGGGUGAUGGUUCAACCAGCUAUCAAGAACUUGACGAGAUCACUCUCCUAACUCAGAACUGCGUGACUGAUGAAGAAGCUUACCCUCUGUCUUACCAAGUGUUCCGUGAGAAGGUCGAAUCAUCUGUCACCCGUUACAACGCGAUGACGGGUGCAUUGGCAGAAGCGAGCAGCACUAUAUUGGGUCUGCCGUCCUUUAGCGACAACCAGAACACAUUUGUUGUCAAGGUGUGCAAUGAUUUUGGAAGCUGUUCCUCGUACAGUCUUACAUUGGACGUCACUCCCAUCGCAUCUUUCAGUCAAGAACAGUUUGAUGAAAGUAUAACCAAUCUGGUAGAACCACAAAAGCUCUCAGGGAAUUUCCUAGAUGCGCUGGUAAACUUCAACACCAUCACGUCAGUGGGUGUCGACAGCACGAGUAGGAAACGGAGAGCAGUCUCGGAGACAUCCAGCACAGCUACUGAGCAGCUGGAUUUACUUCAGAAUGCCAUCUCGUCGACGGUCCUUGACACGGCCACCGCCCAGACUCUGCUUGAUCAGUCGGAUGGCGUGGUCAUUGCUGAUCUCACACUGUCUGAUAUGGACAUAUACCUGGAUAUUUUAAUUGAGCUCGUAGCUGUUUUCAGUGAUGAAGGGCUUCCAGAGUCUAGCGCCGAGAUCGUUCUUACAAAGACAAGCGAGAUCGCUGCUGAACUCGACCCUCAAUACAACUCGGACAUGCUUGCCAAAAUUACGACCCUGAGAAACACAUUAAUCCAGGGCCAGCUGAGUCAGAUCCCACUUGGAGGGGACCCUACGGAGACCAGGUCUGGUUCCGUUACCACCAGGGCCUUCUAUGCUAUCCCUAGUGAUACCCUCAGUACUGCAUCCAGCAACACCUCCUUCAACGUCAAGUUCGGAAGCGAGAUCGAAAGCUUAUAUGGUGCAAGUUGGUCGUGUGCUUCUGGAAGCACUUGUUCUGGUGUUCAGAUCAUGUUUACGCAGUACGACGACGAGGUUGAUUACUACUCGACUACGGACGAGGAUAAGGCGAACAGAGCAUCUUCUAUCCUUGAAAUCGAUCUGCUUGACCCGAGUGACAAUUCUGAGUUGAGUAUUACUGGACUGAGCAGCCCCAUAUCAAUCAACAUGACCGCUUCACGCCUCCAAUCCGACAAAGUCUAUGACUGCUAUUGGUGGGACACUAGCAGCAGCUCUUGGAGCCAGGAUGGACUUACGACCGUCUACCACUCCUCGGUCUUGUCUGAGUGCCAAACUACUCAUCUUUCAGCCUUCACCCUGAUCGCUGUUGAUUCUCCUACUACGAUUAUGAUGGCUACCACGAUAGUUGAUGACGCCAGUACUUCUACCGAUGCAGUAGCCUCGACUGCGACAACGGAAAUCAGUGAGAGCGGCAGCAGUGGUCUAAGUUCUACCGUCAUCAUCGUCAUUGCCGUGGUCAUAUCUGUCGUUUUGAUCCUAAUUAUUAUCAUCGCCAUCGUGGUCGUGAUGUCGAAGAAGUCCUCCAAGGUCGGUAAUGCUGAUAUCGAGAACUCGAACGGCAAUGGUGCCAGGAAUGGGACCAGCACCGCCGAUGGACUCGCUCCUGUUGAAUCUGCGAACCAGGCAUUCAAUGCCCCACCAACAGCACCGGCCCACCCAACCCAUACUGUUCAAGUGGUCGCUGCCCCAGCUUCGGCACCUGCUUCUCAAGAGCCUAUCAUGGACGUUGCAGACCUUCCUGGAUCCCCAUCACCCCCUCCUGAUGGACCCCAUAUUGAUACCAUCAUAAAGGAUGUUCAGAAUGAUAGUAGGGCCCAAACUCCAAUGGAUAGAGCCAUGACGCCCGUUGAAUAAGUACAUAUCCCAAUUCUCCGUCCCGUCCCUAAUUUGGGAAACAUUUCGUUUGUAAAAAGGCUUUGAAUUAUUGCAAACACAGUGGUCUAUGACUGCAGUUGAUAGGAUAAGGAUUAUAGUUUAAUAAUUCCUUCUUCACCCCUCCCCACCCCCAUAAUCCGUCCAACCGUAUUUUGAGAAACCUUGUGACUCGAUAGAGGCUUUCAAAUAUUUAUUAUAAGUUUUACUGAAUAAUACAAAAUAGUUAUUCUGAUGAAACGUAUUGUAUUCAUGUUUGCAGUUGCAACUUAUGGUAGACCAACUUAUAGCAUUUAAAAUAUGUUUGCCCACAUAUUAGUAUUUAAUUAUCUCGUCACCGGGUUAACGAGAUACAUUCGUCUUUUGAUGUUUGAUAAGUCUGGAAAAAGUAUAUAUUAUAUGAUAACCAUGUGAAGUUUCACCAACAAAAAUCAGCAAAUGCGCAAUUUUUUUUAAUCCUUGCUUGAAACAUUAUAUAAGUGACUUUUUGAAGACAAAAAAUGCAUUAAUCUUGCAGCACAUUAAAUCACUUGUAGGAAAUAUUCUAUGACUAUUUAGUUUCGUGAAUGUUCCUAGGCCAAUAGUCAAUUGCAUUUGUAAUCGUCAUUAAUCUGAAGUGUGCCAAUGUAAGGUGCCAAUGGUAUUGUAUACAAUACAAGCAUAUAUAGUAUAAUUCAACUGAUGAUCCAAUUAAAUGUUCUAACCUAGUAUACUGAGAAAAGAGCUCAUGAACUACUAAUAUGAUAAGAGAUUUUAUUAGUUUUUUACGCUGUGAUGAAAGAUGUUACGUCAUUAAAAGUGACAUUUUGUGUCUACAAAAUCCGUUCCAAUGAUAUUAACUAUGCAAUGCGCCAACUUGACACUUAUUCAGGUAAUAAAGGUAUAAUUUGACUUCAAGAUAAGCUUUUUUUGUGUUUUUUCUGGAAUAAAAUUUGCAUGAGGUAAUUUUAAAGACUUUUACAUUAAGUGUGAUCUAGAAAAUAGUUUAUAGUUUAUCUUGACGCUAUUUUUUCUUUUAAUUUUUGUUCCCAUUCAAUCAUGUAAAUACUAUUUUGAGGUGAUGUUAUGUGCAGUGUUUUGCUGUCUUUAAUGUAUAGGUGUUAAGAUAAUCAAAAUUGUUAUAACAUUUUCCGGAUGUUAGGAAAUUCACGUAUUGUAGGCGAUGAAUAUAAUGAGUCUUUACUCAACCCAUAAACCUAACUUGACUAAAGCUUUAUCUGAUUUUUAUAUGCAAAUAGAUGUUGUUUAUUUUUGUGGCUCUCGGUUAGAAAUAAGGUUCCCGUAAAGUUCUAUCUAAGUAAACAUUUAUUUAUAUAAAAGUCACUUUGUUAUUUCGUAUGUAUAUGAUACUAAAGAUCUUUCAUGAUUGUACAAAGUACACGAAUGAUGUUUUUCUGUAGAUACCCGCUUUAUGAAACCAUUCGUUUUCUGGAAAACCGGUCAACGAGUUUAAGUAGCGGAUCUCUAAACCCAAAAUGGCAUACUGAAAGUGUCUCCCCUAGUUGUAUUUUUAAUUUUAGGCCUAGAUCCUACAAACACAAGCCUUAAUGAAAAUCAGCAUUAAUUUCCCUCUUUACAAUAUCAAAGUUCAACGCUUAUCGAUUUCAUGAACACUGUCGUAAUUUCUCAUUCUUUUAUCUUGAGGCUAUCAAUACUUAAUUUGUCUUUCUCGACUAUGUCAGAUUUUAAAUUUAAACAAAAUUAUAUUCAUGACAAACAUGAAAGCGUAGAGUGAAAUGCAUGCUGAGACAAUCAUAUUAAUGUGUGAUAAGAAGGGGUUUGAGGUGAACUAGAAUAUCUGUGAUGUACUAUGGUGUUUCAAUCUCAAACUAACUCAAACAAACUCUCUUUGUGAUUAUUGAUAUGAUAAUAAAUAUUUUGCUGUGUGCCCGUA